CCGCACAAAGUCUCUCCCAGGGUUCGCAGCUGACUAGAAGGCUAAACACAGUCACAACCCACUGCGCACAGGCGUUCCUCAUUCUCUUCCACAAAAUGGCGGCACCCUGUGGGACUAGUUGGUAAAGGCCACGGAAACUGAGAGCAGAUUAGAAAGGAAGGGUACUUUCCUUUUCACAUAGGCGUGAACACAGCAGGAAUUGCCUACUUCGUUACCGUGACCAGAUUCGUGAAUGUGAUACUGGCGUCGAGGACCAGCGGAGAGUGGUACAGACGAAACCCUACCCACUUUUCACCGGGCCUCCAGGACUGACGACUAUACAGUAAAACCAGGAACUUCCUUGUGAAACCGACGGAACUGCCUUGUAAACCAGACGUCUUUGGACUUCAGAAGCACAGGAUCACUGCUGUUGGACUGACGAUGGCAGCGAACGCGUGUAUCAAGUGCUGGUUCGUUUUCGUCAACUCUCUCUUCCUGGCUAUCGGCGCUGCUGUGGUCGGAUUGGGGAUCUGGGUCUUGGUGGAUAAGACAACCACCGUCCCCGGAGUGGACACCGUUAUUGGGUACUUCAGGACAAAUGCCAUCCUGACGUACAUCUCCAUGGGCGUGGGCGGUCUCAUGUUUCUGGUUGGUCUGAUCGGCACCAUCGGUGGAUGUAAAGACAGCACGUGCCUUCUCAAAUUGUUCUUGUCCAUUGCCAUCCUGCUCUUCCUCGUCCAGCUCGCCAUUGUUCUCAUUCUGGCGGUUCCCCAGAUUCUGGCACUGUAUCUGGUUCCCUACUUCAAGUUGGCUUGGAUCGCCCCCGGGAACGAAGCAACAAGAGAUCUCAUCCAAUUGGAGUUGAAGUGCUGCGGAUUUACCGAUGCCUCGGAGUACACUUCUAUCCCCAACUCCUGCAUGUCCAGCACAACCGGCACUCCUGCCACAACCGCCGCUGCAGCCACGACCGCCACCGCAGCCACGGCCGCCACUGCGGGCACUGUGGGCCCCACUGCGACCACGGCCACAGGCUCCAACUAUUACACUGAUGGAUGCUACGACAAACUGAACGCCUGGUUUCAGUCGAUCGCCAUGUACUUCUACAUAGCGGCGGGAGUCCUGCUCGCUUUAGAGCUGUGGCAGAUGAUCUCCGUCUGCUGCCUGACCAGCGGCAUCAACAAGGAGCGGAGGGUGGGGGACGCCGACAUGCAGAUGUACCCACCGCCGGGACGUACUAGACCGAAUUACAACCGGCCCAUGUAUUAGGCAGAAAACAACAGCAACAACACCCAGAGCACAACAUACUGAACACCAUUCCUGGCGUAACAAGGAUACUACAGACGGUUGCUGAUCAGUAUUUAGAGCUGCUUACGUUGAGGCAUAUACCUUCCACCAUCUCAACAGUGUAACAUAUCACUAAAAACGAAAGAUAAACUACUUCACGUUUAUCUAGCUAUAGUCGACAACUUUUCAGGUGUAAGACAUAUGAGGUAGUGGCAAAUUUGUUGGUAUAUGUACAUUUCAAUAGAUUCAUUUGACUUAAUCAAGACCUAAAGGGGAAGAGUGUGCAUGAAAAUGUUAUUAAUUAAUCAGAUCAAUUCAAGAUGAUAUUAUACAUAUGACUUAGUUAUUCGUGAUUUUCUUCAGUAUAUACAAAAUUACGAUAUGUCUAUCGCCAUACCCCGUACUUUAGCUCCAGAUGUAGUAUUUACCUGAUUGAUGUUGCAUAAAUUACUUCUCCUAAACGAGGAAAUGAUACGGAAUUUGUAACUACUAAUAUUUUAUUUGCUUGACAUGUGGUUUAGCGUGUCUGUUUCAUUGACUGGACAAAACUACGCCUUCAGUACAAGGUGAUAACGAAUCUCAUAUCACGGAGUUUUUAAUGAAAAUAAUUUUCCAGAUCUACAUGCCGUUUGUACAUAUCUCUAGCGAAAUAGUUUAUUUGUAAGUACAAAUGUAUAUAAGAGGUAGUUUACUAUAUCAACGAUUUCUUUCUUGUGGACCUACAGUUCACUUGUCUGUCGCCACAUUUAGCUGGCGCUUUUGUUAACUGUCUGGAAUACAUGUACACGCUUAUAUUCCUACUGUAACUAAGUUGUCUUGUGGUUGCUGGAACCAUCCUACAGUGACAGGUACAAUUAUGUACAACCAUAUUGUUACAUUGAGGUAGAUAAUGUGUGUCUUGUUAUUGUGAUAUAACCGAUACAUUUUGCUGUUUGAUGCUUGCGCAUGAUGAAAUACAUGGAUUGAAUCCGAAAAU